CAAGGCAGGCUGAAGAAUGCCAAAGGUCCACAGCCUUGCUUCAGCCUCAAUGUGACCCCAGGGGGUUGGGAGGCCUUGCUGAGCUUUGCCUAUGAAGGAGUCCUAGGCCCUGCCUCACGGAAUGAAGUGCUGGCUGCUGCUGAAGCACUGGGAGCACCCCGAGUGAAGGCUGCAGCCCAGCCUGGAAAGGUGAAGAAGCUCAGCCAGGCAGAGGAGCUGAGGGAGAAUCUGCACAGCAUUGAACUCCUGUACCAGGAUGGUAUUGGGUGUGACCUGGAGCUGGAGGCCGAAGGCUACCGGCUAUGGGUUCACCGAGCAGCGCUGGCCUGUGGUAGUGAGUUCUUUAGGGCCAUGCUCCUUAGUGGGAUGAGGGAAUCCCAGGGCACAGAGGUGUCUCUGCGUACCAUCUCUAUCCAGGACCUGCGCCUGCUCGUCUCUUUUGCCUACUCUGGGAUUGUACGGGCACGAUGGCCAGGACUGUUAAGAGCUGCCCAAGCUGCCUUGCAGUAUCAAAGCUCUUCUUGCCUGGAUCUGUGUCAGAAAGCCUUGGCGCGAAGCCUCAGCCCUGCCCGUUGCCUGGCCCUUCUUCCCACGGCCGAAGCCCCUGGGUUGGAAAGGCUCCGGGGCAAAGCUCGCCACUACCUUCUGACCCACCUGCCUGCCGUGGCUUUGUGCCCCACUUUUCCUUCUUUGCCAGCUGUCUGCCUGGCUGACCUUCUGGACAGCGAUGAGCUACAUGUGCAAGAGGAAUUUGAGGCCUUUGUGGCAGCACGACGUUGGCUAGCUGCCAACCCUGAGACCCAGGAGUCAGACGCGAAGGCCCUGCUACGAUGUGUCCGUUUUGGCCGCAUGUCUACCAGGGAGCUUCGGAAAGUGCGAGCAGCUGGGCUACCCUCACCUCUGCCCGCAGACCUGCUCCAUCAGCUGAUGGUUGAGGCUGAGAUUCCAGGUCAAGAGCGGAGAAGGGAGCCAGACCGAGCACUGGUGGUGAUUGGUGGGGAUGGGCUCACUCCCGACAUGGCUCAAAGACAGCCAUCUCGUAAAGUGUGGUGGGCCAGGGCCUUCCGCUGUGGUAUGGGACUGGUCCGCACUGUGGAGUGGGGGUGGCUGCCUCCUCUGCCUGCCCCGGGGCGCUUCCGGCAUGGCGCUGCCAGCCUAGCAGGAUGCGAGCUCUAUGUGUGUGGAGGUCAGGAUUUCUACAGCCACUCUAACACUCUGGCUUCUACUCUCAGGUGGGACCCCAGUCAAGAGGGCUGGGAAGAGAUGGAACCUCUUUGUCAGGCAAGGAGCUUUUUUCCUCUGGUGGCAUUGGAUGGACAACUUUAUGCCCUGGGUGGACGAGACAAUGGUAUUGCCCUUAGCUCUGUGGAGACCUAUAACCCUGAGCUCAAUAUCUGGAGGCCAGCACCUUCACUGCCAUCACCAUGCUUUGCCCAUGCAGCUGCUGUCUUAGAAGGCCAAAUAUAUGUGAGCGGUGGCUGUAGUGGCACUGGACAAUACCUGGCCACACUGUUGCACUAUGAUCCCACACUUGAGAAGCCAGAGACACUUUUGAGUCCUAUGGGGGUACCUCGGGCUGGCCAUGUUAUGGCUGCUGUGGGUGGGCGGUUGUAUGUGGCAGGUGGGCUAGGGGAGACUGGGGACCUGCUGAGCUUUGAAGCCUAUGAACUGAAGACUGGUAGCUGGACUCACCUGGCUCCUCUGCCCUCCCCCCAUGUGGGGGCUGCAAGUGCUGUACUGCAGGGGGAGCUGCUGGUGCUGGGGGGUUACAGCCACCGUACUUAUGCCCUCUCCCACCUUAUCCAUGCCUACUGCCCUGGUCUAGGCCGAUGGCUCUGCCUAGGGACUCUGCCAAGACCACGGGCCGAGAUGCCUGCCUGCAUCCUGACCCUGCCUACGGUGCAGCACAUGUCAUUGAUUCCUACUGGGCACCACACCAAACCUGCUGGGUAAACAGCAGGAUUUGGGGAGGAAGGGAUAAAAAGUAUCGAGAGGAG